AUGCGGCGGAGGAAGAAGGAUGCGGCGGAGGAAGAAGGAUGCGGCGGAGGAAGAAGGAUGCGGCGGAGGAAGAAGGAUGCGGUGGUGGAAGAAGGAAGCAGCAGUGUGGCGGACACAGCAGCUCAGGAGGCGUCAGGUUCCUGGGAAUGUCAGUGCGGCACCGUAAUUAGUACGGAUCCCUCAGAGCUUGGUGUUAAAUUAAGGAAGAAUAAAAGAGAUGAACAUCUCUUAAAGAGAAGGAAUGUACCACAUGAAGAUAUCUGUGAAGACUCUAAUAUAGAUGGUGAUUAUAGAGUGCAAAGUAACUCUCUAGAAGCUAUUGUUCAAAAUGUUUCAAGUGAUAAGCAACAAAUUCAAUUAAGUGCAGUUCAAGCUGCCAGGAAGCUUUUAUCCAGCGAUCGAAAUCCACCAAUUGAUGACUUAAUAAAAUCUGGAAUAUUGGCCAUUUUAGUCCAUUGUCUUGAAAGAGAUGACAAUCCUUGUUUACAGUUUGAAGCUGCAUGGGCUUUGACAAAUAUUGCAUCUGGAACUUCUGAACAAACUCAAGCAGUAUCAGUCCAGUCCAAUGCUGUGCCACUUUUCCUGAGGCUUCUCCAUUCACCCCAUCAGAAUGUCUGUGAGCAAGCAGUGUGGGCAUUGGGAAAUAGCAUAGAUGAUGGGCCCCAAUGUAGAGAUUAUGUCAUAAGUCUUGGAGUUGUGAAACCUUUACUUUCCUUCAUAAGUCCAUCUACUCCUAUAACAUUCUUAAGAAAUGUUACUUGGGUUAUGGUCAACUUAUGUCGCCACAAAGACCCACCAUCACCAAUGGAAACCAUUCAGGAGAGUCUUCCAGCCCUUUGUGUUUUAAUUCAUCACACAGACGUAAAUAUAUUGGUAGAUACAGUCUUGAUCCUCUCUUACCUUACUGAUGCUGGCAAUAAUCAAAUACAGAUGGUAAUAGACUCUGGAAUAGUUCCUCAUUGCUUCCUCAGCCACCAGGAAGUUAAAGUUCAGACCGCUGCACUUCGAGCUGUGGGCAACAUUAUUAAGGGAACUGAUGAGCAAACACAAGUAGUUUUGAACUGUGAUGCCCUUUUACACUUCCUAGCACUCCUGACACAUCCCAAAGAGAAAAUUAAUAAAGAAGCAGUGUGGUUCCUCUCUAAUAUCACUGCAGGAAGUCAGCAGCAGGUACAGGCAGUAAUUGAUGCCAAUCUUGUACCAAUGAUAAUACACCUUUUGGAUAAGGAUUUUGGCACUCAGAAAGAAGCUGCUUGGGCCAUAAGUAACUUAAAAAUUAGUGGAAGGAAAGAUCAAGUGGCUUAUCUUAUCCAGCAGAAUGUUAUCCCACCUUUUUGCAACUUGCUGACUGUAAAAGAUGAACAAGUGGUCAUCUACAGCAUGAGCUUCACCACUUGCUCCACCUUCUCCACCAACUACCAGUCCCUGGGGUGCCUGGACAGUCAGUGCGUGGCCAGCAUCUAUGCAGGCGCUGGGGGCUCUGGUUCCCAGAUCUCUCUGUCCCACUCCACCAGCUUCCAGGGUGGCAUGGGGUCCGAGGGCCUGUCCACAGGGAUGGCUGGGGCUGGGGAGCAAAAUCUGGGAGCCCCUGGAGAAGAGGGAUCCCAGGUCAGAGACUGGAGCCAUUACUUCAAGACCAUUGAGGAAGAUCUGAGGGCUCAGAUCUUCACAAAUACUGUGGACAAUGCCCGCAUCGUUCUACAGAUCAACAAUGCCGAUGCCCCCAAAUCUCAGGACCUCGCCAAGAUCAUAGCAGAAAACCGGGCCCAAUAUGACAAGCUGGCUCAGAAAAACCGAGAGAAGCUGGACAAGUACUGGUCUCAGCAGACUGAGGAGAGCACCACAGUGGUCACCACGCAGUUUGCUGAGGUUGGAGCUGCUGAGAUGAUGCUCGUGGAGCUGACACAUACAGUACAGUCCUUGGAGAUCAACCUGGAAUCCAUGAGAAAUCUGAAGGCCAACUUGGAGAACAGCCUGAGGGAGAUGGAGGCCCGCUACACCCUGCAGAUGGAGCAGCUCAACAGGAUCCUGCUGCACCUGGAGUCAGAGCUGGCACAGACCCAGGCAGAAGGACAGGGCCAGGCCCAGGAGUAUGAGGCCCUGCAGAACAUCAAGGUCAAGCUGGAGGCUGAGAUCAUCACCUACCACCGCCUGCUGGAAGAUGGUGAGGACUUCAAACUUGGUGAUGCCCUGGACAGCAGUAACUCCAUGCAAACCAUCCAAAAGACCACCACCUGCCAGAUAGUGGAUGGCAAAGUGGUGUCUGAAAACAAUGACACCAAACCAGGCAAUCUUAUAGAGGAAGAUAGAGGGCUGGAGAAAAUUAAACAACUUCAAAAUCAUGAAAAUGAACACAUCUACAAAUUGGCCUAUGAGAUCAUUGAUCAAUUCUUCUCUUCAGAUGAUAUUGAUGAAGACCCUAGCCUUGUUCCAGAGGCAAUUCAAGGUGGAACACUUGGUUUCAAUUCAUCUGCCAAUUUACCAACAGAAGGGUUCUAG